UUCGCAUUGCGGAUGGGAGGUAAAUACACGUUUUAGCAGGUUGCCAAAAUCAGUGAUGCAAACAAAGCCUGAUAUAUCCUUGCUCCGAUGAGGAGCCGGAGGCUACUGCAUUUGGCUCUGGGAGAUGCACGCAGCACUAAACUCUCCACAUGCAGCGUCUGGAGAAUGCGGACAAGUGCUCUGGGCAUGGUUGGGAUUAAAUGGACGGAUGUCCUUUGCAAUACCUGUUGAGGAGUGUGUGAACAUAUUUUAUCAUUUCGCGCGAUGUGUUUAAACGAUGCCGCACUGCUUUGCAAAUGUUCCACAAUUCAAGUAGAGGACUCUUUGCCUUUCUGCUGAUGCUGUUGGAGUGGACCAAACCAGGGCUAUCUAACCCCCUGCGUCCGAUCUGUGACCUGCGGGUCCUAAAACACUUCAUUGAAGAGGCCAGAGAUGCUGAGGCAGCCAUGCUGGCAUGUAAAGAAGGACGUGGUCUUGCAGAGCCCGUCACUGUUCCCCAAACCAAAGUAGACUUCAACGUCUGGGAGAGGAAAACUGCACUGGAGCAAGCUCAGGAGGUUCAGUCUGGCCUGUGGCUGUUAAACCAGGCAAUCGGCUCGCUACGAACGUCCGUCACCAACACAGCGCUGCACAGCCACAUAGACAACAGCCUCAGAAACAUCUUCAGCAUCGGACAGGUGCUGCGCAGCCUCAACAUCCAGGAGUACACCCCUCCAGCAGGGGGCGUGGCUGGAGGUGAGGAGACAUGGCGGGUGUCGUCUGCUUCAGAGCUCCUCCAGGUCCACGUUAACUUCCUGCGAGGCAAGGUGCACCUCUUGCUGUCCAACGCACCCAUCUGCCACCAGGGUAGCAGCUGAUUGGGGCUCUCCAAGGCAGGGCUAAACUGAUUGGAGCUCCCUCUGGCAGGGGGGGCGGGCUCUUACGCUAUUGACCCUGCUUGUUGCCAGGUAGAAGUCUAAAAGAGGAGAGUGUGUGGACCAGAUCCUCUCAGGAGAGAAUUAAGCUAUGUGGACAGAAUAGUUCCUAUUGGACCUUUAAAAGAACAAGAGCAGGUAGCACCUUGUGAAUAUUGACAUGAGGGAGGAAUGUGGUGAAGAAGUCAACCACGAAUGGGGCCCAUAUAAUGCACCGCUCUACGGCUCUUCAGUACUGUGUGUGUGUGUGUGUGUGUGUGUGUGUGUGUGUGUGUGUGUGUGUGUGUGUGUGUGUGUGUGUGUGUGUGUGUGUGUGUGUGUGUGCUUGCCUGUGUGUUUUAGCAUGGACUGUGAGUUCUCACCGCCAAGCACUGGACAACCCACGUGGAUUGCACAUGAUGACACCUUGUUGUUGUUCUGCACUGUACCUGACUGACAGCAUUGACAGCCUGUCAAAGUCCAGGAGGAGGAGGCCUAGCCUAUACCACAAACUCUUCAAACUUCACCGCCCACCUCAUUCUUAACACACAACACUUUUCCAACUGCUGUUUAUUAGUGUCCUUAAAUGAAUUGUAUAUUGCUCUUUGUAAUGACUUAUUUAUAGUUCUACAUUUAAGCUCGACUCACUGUCAUGGCGACAGUAUUCUGAGAGAUAUACUGUAACUAUGAACUAGAGGCCGCCGUUGGGCUCCAACGGUUAAUCAUAAUCACUAUAUAACGCCACUGAACCAUGUUGUAAAGAUAUUUGUAUACGUCAAUAUCCAACUGUUCACUCCUGUCUGUUACCCUUCAUAGAAUAAAUGAUCUGUGUGUUUGUAUGUACUGUAUGUAUGUGCGAGAAAAUAUCUGUGUGAAUGACAGUUUUAUGCAACUCUUAUAACCCUAUUUGAACGGACUAGAGGUGGGAGAGACAGAAGCGGAGGUUCAGUCGGGUUGAAGGAGGAAACGAUUGAGAGGAAGGGCUUACGUGAGAACUCUGAAGCUAUGCUCUGAUUAUCAGUGUGUCUGGCUUAUGCAGGCCAGUGCUCAACUAGAGCUUCGACGCAGAUAGCAAGACUGCCAGGACAAAUAUUGAUUGGUUCUUAUGAUGAACAUCCUGCAUGCCUGUUUUGUCUCUCUUAUACCUUCCUUCAACCAGCAGCCAAUCAACCCGAAUCCUGGGAACCUUUGGAGUCGCUGACGUGGUGGAUGCUUGCACUUUUGGGAUUAGAUUAGUUCUCCUGGGUAGUUUUGCUUCUCGUUUGAACGUUUUACAGUCACAGUGCAGAUGUUUGUACAUGUUUUUGUCCUGUUUGUAUCAGU